GCCCCCCCCCAUCUCUUCAUCUUCUUCUUCCUUCUCUCCUAAAACUGGUCUCAUUUUACAAAGAGAGAACUCGAAUAACCCAAAGUUGCGUAGAAAUGAGUCGAACUAUCUAAAAACACUCCCAAACACCCAAUCCAUCUCUCCCUCCCGCCUCUUUACUCGCUUCGAUUCCUUCGCCCCAAAUCCCAUCUCUUCAAAGUUUCAAGCUUUCUUCUUUUAUCUGAUGCACUUUUGUCUCUGCAACUAACUUAUCUCGGAUCCAGAAUUGCUCAGACUCCAUCCAGGUGUACCCGGAAAAUGGCAAAAGGUAGCAGGGGACGACGCAGGUUUGUUUCCCGACAGUACAGGUCAGCUCCAUACACAUUGUGCUCUAAUCAAGAUAUCUUUGAGGAUCUUUACCCUAAGAAAUUCUCCAAAAAUUUGGAGAAAAAGGACUGGGAAGAUGCAACAUGUUCUGUGUGCAUGGAAUACCCUCAUAAUGCCGUUCUUCUGCUAUGUUCCUCUCAUGACAAAGGCUGUCGUCCUUACAUGUGUGGAACUAGUUUUCGACAUUCCAACUGUCUUGACCAGUACAAGAAAGCUUAUACAAAAAUAGUGUCAUGUGAUCAUGCACAAUCAUUGCAUGGCUCUGACACUAAUCUGAUUGUUAUCCCAGAUUCUGGGUUGCCAGUUGAGAAAUGUGAAGUCACAGAGCUUGCAUGUCCCCUCUGUAGGGGCCAGGUGAAAGGCUGGACUGUUCUUGAGCCAGCACGAGAAUAUCUGGAUGCAAAACAGAGAAGCUGCAUGCAAGAAAACUGCUCAUUUGUUGGAAACUACAAGGAGCUUAGGAAGCAUGUUAAGACGGAUCACCCGUCAGCCCGGCCACGGGAAGUGGAUCCUAUAGUUGAACAGAAAUGGAGAAGCCUUGAACAUGAGCGGGAACAGGAUGAUGUGAUCAGCACAAUACAGUCGUCCAUGCCAGGGGCAAUGUUUUUCGGAGAUUAUGUAAUAGAAGGAAAUAGUUAUGGAUUUGAUUCGGAUGAAGAGGAUGGUGGGUUUGAUGCAGAUGCUGCAGGAAGGAAUGCGGGGUUAGGGUUGGGUUUGGAUGUGGUUCUUCUAUGGCAUGCAUUUGGGUCCUCCAGACGGAUGAGGCAGCAUGAGAGGGCAUUCCACCAGGCAUCAGAUGGUAGCGUUGGCAUCAGACACACAACUCCUAUAGGUGGUUUGAAUUCCUCUGAUGAAGAUGAUGACAAUGAGAGUAACGGUGAUAAUGAUGGUGGCAUGUCCUUGGUGAGCCGGCUCCAUCGUCAUGGCAGGGUCUUGUUGGGACGCUCUGGGAGGAGACGUAGGCGUAGAGAAGCAAAUAGUGAGGAACAAUAGACUGGAAAAUGGUUGAGAGGGGGAAUAGGUAGGCACACAAAUUUAGGAGGACUGCACACAGAAAAAUAAAAAGAAGGUAUGAUUUUACUUUCUCGCAUUUGCCUUGAUUAAAUUCUCAUUUGAAUAGCAAGGGAAAUAGGACACUGGAGAUGAUGGCUCCUUUUCUCCGUGUUGUGUAGUAUAUUUCAAAUGUAACAUUUUCUCAGUUACCCAUAAUCUGCCCCUUAACCUAUGCAUAUAAUAAUUUCUUCUGUAUGUGUCGCACAUUGGACUAAAAUGCCUACUUUGUAUUAUGUGAUUAUAUUAAAGAUUUUCUAAUU